AUGCGGAGAGCAGAAAUCACGGCAAAUUCUACAAAAGUUCACAAUUCACUGAUCUCAAAGGCGCUAGGCAUCGAGUGGAAAACUAUGAGCGAUGACCAGAAGCUACCAUAUGUGCAAAAGGCAAAAGAAUUGCGGGAUGAAUUGUUCAAGGAGCAUCCAAAUUAUGUUUACCGGCCACGGAAGAGGAAGAGGACUUGUAAUGAACUGGAGAAGCCGAAGAGUAAUGCCAGCCUCAGUUCCGUUGAACAUAGUCCUGUUGAAAAGGCGAGCCCGAUCAGCUUAAGCGGGAAAUCAGAUGUGGAUAUGAUGACGAGUGGUCCAUUGUCUCCAGCUCUUCUUUUAUACCCGGGCAUUCUCGGCCAAUUAGGCCAACUUCCAGCCCCUUCAUUAGCAAUUCCCCAUCUCCUUCCUGCCCUUUCAUCAAAUCCCCUCUUUCUUAAUCAACUUAUCUACGCACAAAUGAUUGCCGCUUCCCUUCAACAGCUU